AUGUCUAAGGCAACCUUGGCUGUGAUCGCAGCUGCCAGUGCCGCCACUGGCGCCGGUGUCACUGCUUUGUUUUACUCCAAGCCCUCUCCCGCUCGUCAAGAACAAGAAAAGGCGCCCUCUCCUUCGAUCUCUACUGCCGUGAAGGUUCCUUCCUCGGUCCCAACCCCAAACCUUGCCUCCAAACUUGCAGUUGGUCCAGUGAACCCGGCUGGCGUUCUCGAAUAUGGCUUCCCUGGACCUGUGGCCGACGAGCUUUCCUCACUCCCUCUUCACGGCGCUUACGAUCGACGAACCCGUAACCCUGCCUGGGUUGCGGAACACAUAACCCCACAAUCGCUGGCUAUCAAGAAUGGAGACCGGCGCCAUAGCACAUUCCACGAGGAUUCCACGAUCCCAACCCAGUUCCGCGCCUUGCUGUCCGACUACUUCCGCUCUGGUUACGACCGCGGCCACCAAGUUCCUGCCGCCGAUGCUAAAUGGUCUCAAGAAGCGAUGAACGGCACAUUUGCCCUGUCCAAUAUGUGCCCGCAGGUUGGCGAAGGCUUCAACCGCGACUACUGGGCGCAUUUUGAAGAUUUCUGCCGCAAUUUAGCCAACCGUUACCCUUCUGUUCGCAUAGUCACUGGACCUCUAUACUUGCCUCACCGCGAUCCAGACGGCAAAUGGCGCGUCAACUACGAAGUUAUCGGCAACCCUCCCAACGUCGCUGUCCCAACCCACUUCUACAAAGUUAUCUACGCCGAGGACGGCUCCAACCUGCCUCAGAGCAAGGUCGCGCUCGGCGCUUUCGUUUUGCCCAAUGCCCGCAUUCCAAAUUCUAAGCCAUUGUCGGACUUUGAGGUCCGCCUCGAGGACGUUGAGCGUGCGUCUGGUCUGGAGUUUGCGGCUAAGCUCGACCCUAGCCGCCGCCGUCGUCUGUGCCAGGAGGUCAGUUGCUCGAUUACAGUACGUGAGUUUAACAACGCCAAGAAAAAGGCCUAG